ACCCGAAUAUUUGACUGGUUAUUUUGUUCAUUUUUAUGCCCUUUUCGGAACCAUUUGUGCUAUGUCAACUUUUCCCUUUCAUACAAAAGCUAAUAAGCAUUGCCACGGCUUUAUGCUUCUCAUAACUUCUCCAAAAGCAUCUAAAAGCACCAAAGCUUAUUAUCAGGUUUGCUCUGUAAAGGAAUGUUAUAGGUUUUCAAUAUAAACAUUCACAAUGGAGAAUUCUGAAGGAACAAAAACCUUUAAUGCACCAAUUCCAGAAGGAUUAGAUAUCAAUGAUUAUUUAUCAUCAUUUGAGAAAAGCUAUGGUGCAUAUGGGGUUGUGGUUGCUGCUAUUGUUGCCAUGAUAAUACCUGUAUUGCUUUCCUUUCUUUUCAUGGCAAAGAAAAAGGGGAAAAAAAGAGGAGUUCCAGUUGAAGUGGGUAGUGAAGCAGGUUAUGCCGUGCGUAAUGCUCGAAUAACUGAGUUGGUUCAGGUUCCUUGGGAAGGGGCCACCACAAUGGCUGCUCUUUUUGAACAAUGCUGUAAAAAGUAUUCGCGAGAUCGAUUUAUUGGAACUAGAAAACUAAUUAAGAAGGACUUUGUUACUGCUAGUGAUGGCAGGAAAUUCGAGAAGCUACACCUAGGGGAUUAUGAAUGGCAAACAUAUGGACAGGUUUAUCGUCGUGUUUGCAACUUUGCAUCUGGGCUUGUUAAUUUUGGUCAUAAUGUUGAUACUCGUGCCGCAAUUUUUUCUGAAACUCGAGCCGAGUGGCAAAUUACCUUUCAGGGAUGCCUUAGGCAAAAUAUAACAGUUGUCACUAUUUAUGCUUCUCUAGGUGAGGAUGCCCUGAUUCACUCUCUCAAUGAGACCCAGGUAUCAACCUUGAUCUGUGAUUCCAAGCAGUUAAAAAAGUUGGCUGCAAUAAGCUCAAGCCUGAAAACAAUCACAAAUAUCAUUUACUUUGAAGAAGAUGAGACUGCAAAUGUUUCCGACUUAUCUGGAAGUAUGAGUGACUGGAAAGUUUCUUCUUUUCUUGAAGUUGAGAAACUUGGAGAAAGAGCACCCGUUCCACCUAGUCUACCCUCCAAGGAUGGUGUAGCAGUUAUAAUGUAUACGAGUGGUAGCACAGGUCUGCCUAAGGGAGUCAUGAUAACUCAUGGCAACAUUGUAGCCACUGCUGCAGCAGUUAUGACUGUGAUCCCAAGACUGGGAAGGAAUGAUGUAUACUUGGCAUAUUUGCCCUUAGCUCAUGUUUUUGAACUGGCAGCUGAGUCGGUGAUGCUAUGCGCAGGCUGUGCAAUUGGCUAUGGUUCACCUUUGACACUAACAGAUACUUCUAAUAAAAUCAUGAAAGGGACCAAGGGAGAUGCUUCUGUAUUGAAACCCACUCUCAUGACAGCUGUUCCAACUAUAUUAGAUCGUGUUCGAGAAGGAGUUCUGAAAAAGGUUGAGGAGAAGGGAGGAUUAGCAAAGAAAUUUUUUGAUAUUGCUUACAAACGCCGACUGGCAGCUAUAGAAGGAAGCUGGUUUGGUGCUUGGGGACUGGAGAGAUGGUUGUGGGAUGUUAUUGUUUUUGAAAGGAUACGUGUUGUACUUGGAGGUCACAUCCGAUUUAUGCUCUGUGGUGGGGCUCCUUUAUCUGGGAAUUCCCAACGCUUCAUCAACGUUUGCAUGGGGGCUCCCAUAGGUCAAGGAUAUGGCUUGACAGAAACAUGUGCUGGAGCCGCUUUUUCUGAGUGGGAUGACACAAGUGUGGGUCGAGUUGGGCCACCUCUUCCUUGUUGUUACCUUAAGCUUGUCUCUUGGGAAGAAGGUGGGUAUACAACAUCUGACAAACCGAUGCCUCGAGGAGAGGUUGUUGUUGGGGGAUUUAGUGUAACUACUGGCUAUUUCAAUAAUCCCGGGAAAACUAAUGAGGUGUACAAGGUUGAUGAGAGGGGGAUACGCUGGUUUUACACUGGAGACAUUGGACGAAUUCAUCCAGAUGGAUGCAUUGAGAUUAUUGAUAGGAAGAAGGAUAUUGUCAAACUUCAACAUGGAGAGUAUAUAUCUCUUGGAAAGGUUGAGGCAGCACUGAUGUCGAGUAACUUUGUUGACAAUAUAAUGGUAUACGCUGAUCCAUUUCACAACUAUUGUGUAGCUUUGAUUGUUCCUUCGCAUCAGGUUCUUGAGAAGUGGGCCCAAGAAGCUGGCAUAAAGUACAAAGAUUUUCCAGAGCUGUGCAGCAAAGCUGAAACUAUAAGCGAGGUCCAACGGUCUCUUUCCAAGGUGGCAAAGGAUGCGAAACUGGACAAAUUUGAAACACCUGCAAAGAUUAAAUUGCUACCAGAUCCAUGGACGCCUGAGUCCGGAUUAGUCACUGCAGCUCUCAAAAUAAAGAGGGAACAGCUGAAGGCCAAGUUCAAAGACGAACUCCAAAAGUUGUACGAGUAAAAGGUAUUUCACAAUGAUGUGUUCUUUUCUUUAUGAAAUCUGUAGUCUGCUACUCUUUUAAGUUUCUGUAUUUUUCAACAAAACAAGAUUUAAGUGUUGACCUGGUUGUCAAAGAAAAUCUGCCUAGAAUUCAUAAACUCUUCCUCAAAGAAGCUUUAAGUGUUGAUGGUGUUCUUUUGCAUCUGCAAGAAGAAUAAACUCUUUCUCAUGUGACUCUGAUUACAUUUCUCAGCUGGAUGCUUGUAUCCAUUAUCUGAUUCAAUCUUCUUGUUGGAACCAUGAGUUUUCUCCUUUCUGUGGUCAGUAUAUGUUCAGCAGAAGGAAAGAGCUGAAAUUCAUUCUCCUUUUGCUCGGAUGUAGUUGAGCUGACUGUAACAGGCAAUUCUGACAGUGAUGACCGUAAGACGAGACCUAGGAAAUGGCAACAAUGACUAGGGAUGAAGCCAAAAACCUGUCAUGCCUGCAAACAGGAAAAGUUUUUCCUAUAACAUAUGUAAUGCCAUUAAAGACUCCUAAGAGGUUUUGAAACUUGAAAGGAUUAACGUCACGAAUGAUUUU